AUGUCGCGAAAAACCGAAGACUUUGAUGAAUUCUGCGACCCAGAAAACCCCAAGGUAAUCAAGUAUGAAGAUGUCGUUGAGGCGGCACAGACCAUAAAGCCAUACAUUAUCAAUACCCCCGUAAUGGCGGCACACACUCAGCGAGAAUUUGGAAUUUAUAUUCACUACAAAUUAGAAUUUAUGCAAAACUCCGGAAGUUUUAAGGAUAGGGGCGCUAUAAAUGUUUUAGAACAAAUGCCAUUAGACAAGAAAAAGCUUGGCGUUGUCGUAGCGUCGAACGGCAACGAAGGCAUAGCCAUGAGCUAUUAUGCAGCAAAAAUGAAUAUUCCGGUCAUCGUAAUUUUACCCUUGAACGUGCCCAUUGACAAAAUGCAAAGAUGUCAUGCUUUCGGAGCAAAGGUUGUCAUACAAGGAAAUAACUUGUUGGAAGCACAAAAAUAUGCCCGUGCUCUGGCUAAAGACAAAGGACUAACUUAUAUCAACGGGCGUGACCAUCCCCAUAUUCUGGCGGGAUACGGCACUCUUGGUCUAGAACUCAUGGAAUCGACGCCGUUUCUCGACGCAGUCAUCGUUCCCGUGGGUUCAGGAGGACUAGCUGCGGCCAUUGCUACCGUCGUCAAGCAUCACAAACCUUCAGCCCUCGUUUAUGGUGUUCAAGCUGAGCUGAUGCCGACAUUUUUCAACUCUUUGGAAAACGAUGAAAUGGUCACAUUGCCCCUCCAAACUAACAUGGCCGACGCUAUUGCCGUCAAUAACGUCGGCUGUAAUGCUUAUUCCACCUCAAAGCCGCUCCUAGACAAAAUGCUCCUAGUGAAAGAAGAUUGGGUCGCACGAUCCAUACUGCAUUUAACGGAACGAGAAAAAUUCGUAGUGGAAGGUGCUGGAGCUUGUCCCUUGGCGGCUUUGCUCGGAAAUCUUGUCCCAGAACUGAAAUCGAAAAAUGUGGUCUGUAUUCUAACCGGAGGAAACGUUGACAACAUCAUGUUAUAUCGAUGUCUCGAAAGAGGACUAGCCGCUGAAGGCCGAUUAGUCAAGUUUAGGGUUGGUAUAAGGAACGAUCCUAUAUCGAAAGCCAAUUUCAUGACCCUAAUAUCAAAGGGCAGCUACAAUAUUCAUCGACAUUUCCAAGACAACUCGUGGACAGACGGUGAAGACUACUUUGUUGAGAUGAAAGUGGUUAUCGAGGCGAAGAAUUUGGCGCAUGCUCUGGAGUUGAAACGUACAAUAGAAAGGGUCUAUCCAUGUACUUCCAUUUUCGAAACUGAACCUUUCAACGAUAAACGCACUUGCCCAUGCUAUAUAAAGAAAUUCACUGAAAAACAUAUGAAGUAACUUCAUACCCAAUGUACCAACCCAACCUAGGCAUAACCAUACAAUGUAGGUACCCACUCAAGUAAAAAUAUCUAAAGUAAAACCAAUCCAAAUACAGUUUAGUA